GGUGCUGCAGAGAAACAUCGCAAACGCGGCAGUGUGGCAGUCAGAGCGCUAUCCCUCUCCUCCUGUUAAAAAAAACCCUGCCCCAGGGCUGUGCUUCUUGUUGCAUUCACUGUAUCAGCAACCACUCCCUACUGUUUGCAGUAGGAGCCCCGCUUCCCCCUCCACUCCCCCUUCUUACUGCCGCUGCUGCUUUUUUCUCCGCUCUUGGCAUUUCUAAGCGAAGCGCAAUGUCCAGCGUGCAGCAGCUCUCCAUCGGCUGCCUGGAGAGGAUGGCGGCCAGGAGAACCUACCCUCUCCACGCCAGGACGGCCGUGUGCAGGAGCCUCUUCGGACCCAUCGACCACGACGAGCUGCGCCGGGAGACCAAGAGCAAACUGCGGGAGAUCAGCGAGAGGGACCGGAGGAAGUGGAACUUCAACUUCGCCACCGACACCCCGCUGCAGGGAGGGGAGUACGAGUGGGAAGAAGGCGAGGACGCGCCCGCUUUCUACCGGGAGAGCAUCCAGAGGGGAAAGGUCCGACUGCAGUGCCCGGCUCCAGAGUCCUGUAACUCGGACACCAACAGCAGCGAUUCCGCCGGCCUGGAGAGCAGGGACUCGCCCGACAUGGUCGACCGAUUGUUAGGACUGGAAAGCAACGAGACGAACCAGGAAAACCGAUCGGAUAACUUGCACUCAGGAAUUAAAGCAGCCAGAGGGUCGUCUUACUUGCGCAAAAGGGGAUCCACGGCACGCAUCACAGAUUUUUUCGUCAAGCGAAAGAAGACGAUCGUAUCUAAAGUUUCCAGUGAGAACGGGUCUUUUUCUGGGAUGCCGGGGGAACAGGCUGCACGCAAGAGAAUACGAUAAAAAAAGGGGGAGAACCCAGAAGGACAAAACAAAAAUAUUUGCACUCCACUCUUAAUUUUGGUUACUGAAAGAAGUGGCUGACAGCGACGAUCACCAUCUUGACUACUGCUAAGGCUGAGCAAAAGAAAGGACACUGAUCCGAAAUUCAGAAGAACGAAGGAUUGACCGUCUUUCGAAUAUAUGAAAUGAACACACAGUACAUGUAGCAAACCAACUCCAGUGGUGGAAGAACCACUGCAGCAGUGUUAAGGAGCACAGCGUGCAAUGUAAACCUAUCCAGUUGCAUUGUGUAUCUACACUGGCCAAACGUGUAAUGAUUCACAAUGGGUAUAUUACGGGCAAAAAUAAGUUCUAAAUAGUGCUCUGCUGAUAUCUCUCAGUACAACUUGAGAUGUAUAUUUGUAAAAUACAAAAGCUUAUACUAACUUAUAUUUCCUAUUUAUGUUAAAAAUGGUUUUGACCAGUUGUGGCACCCGAUGAGCUCCCUUUGUUGUGGAACAAAAGGGCACUCUUGACUUGCUUUAUUUACAAAAUAUGUAAAUAUGUUUUUUUAUUUUUGUAGUUUGUGUCUUGCGUUCACAUGUUUGUAGCUGAAAUGUUUAGGUUACUUGAAGGUGAGCAUAGGGUCCCAUUUUGUUUAUUUUUUGUUUCUGAGCCAUUCAUGUGCCACUGCCACUUUUCGUGUGUUGGUAAAAUUUGGAAAGACAAAAAUUGCAUUUCUUGUUUCCGCUGAAUAAAUGGAUACCAUUUAAUUAUA